AUGGCCACCUUCCAUCCCUCCCAGACCUCCUUUCCCUCGACCGCCUCCCAGUUCUGGAGUCAGAGCACCCUUCCAGCCGGCAGACACCACCAAGGUCAAGCAGACGGGGCAGUUGCUACAGAACAUGAUGCUGGGGCACCAGAGGCCUCCGGGUGUGAAACCACUCCUGAGUCCAGCUCCAGCUCCAGCUCCAGCCCCUGCACCACCUCCCACCUCCACCCUCUACCGCUCCGACAGCAGCCCAGACAGAGGAGUGCAGGGGAAGUGACCCCGCUGAGGAGGCCACUGCCCCCUGCAGGACCUUUGCCCUUGAAGCCAAAACGGCCUCCAAACGUCAACCUGGAGCCCUUUAAGAGGUUCAACAGGGGACCUGCCCUUCCUGCCCCAAGGAAAAGUGAUACAGGUUCCCCAGUUUCAACAGGUAGAAAAAUGUCUACACCAGGAGGCAUCAGUCCUCCAAAACCGCCACAACGAUCCAACAAACCAAGCAGGCUGCCGCGCCAGAUCGCCCUCUGU